AUGAUUGAUAUUUUCAUCAGAGUAGUAAGCAUCGACAAAAGGUAUCUGGAUAGGAUCACCAUGGUUGGAUACCCCAUGACACCCACAGACGCCUCCAUUAAGAUCACUGAGCUCCAUUCCAAUGACUCGGGAGUGUACCGCUGUGAGGUCAUGCAUGGGAUAGAGGACGGUUACGAUGUUGUUGAUGUUCAAGUUCAAGGUAUUGUUUUCCACUAUCGUGCCAUCACCACACGAUAUACCCUUACCUUUGAGAAGGCCAAGGCAGCCUGUAUUCAAAACAGUGCAGUGAUUGCUACUCCAGAGCAACUCCAAGCAGCUUUUGAUGAGGGUUUCCACCAGUGUGAUGCUGGCUGGCUUGCAGAUCAGACCGUCAGGUACCCUAUUCAUGAUCCCCGUGAGGCUUGUUAUGGAGACAAGUACGAGUUUCCAGGAGUGAGGACAUAUGGAGUAAGAGACGUGAAUGAGACGUAUGACGUGUACUGCUUUGCUGAGAAAAUGACAGGAAAAGGGUUCCACACUACUUCCCCUAACAAAUUCACUUUUGAGGAGGCAGAAGCUGAGUGUGCAAAGCUGGGUGCCAAGUUGGCCACCACAGGACAGCUGUACCUGGCAUGGAAGGAUGGUAUGGAUGUUUGUAAUGCAGGCUGGCUGGCAGACCGGAGCCUAUGGGUGGUCUUCCAUUAUCGUGCAAGCUCCGGUCGUUAUGCUUUUGACUUUUUCGAGGCUCAACUGGCAUGUCAGAGCAUCGGUGCAGUCAUUGCCAGUGCCCAGCAACUGCAGGCAGCCUAUGAGUCUGGUUACCAUCAAUGUGACGCUGGCUGGCUGUUAGAUCAGACUGUUAGGUAUCCCAUUGUGUCUCCACGUGAGAAAUGCUCUGGUGAUUUGGAGCAUGUUCCUGGUGUGAGGUCUUAUGGACUGCGUUCUGCUGAUGAACGCUAUGAUGUGUACUGCUAUGUGGACAAAUUACGGGGGGAAGUUUUCCAUGCAAGUUCAUUCGAGGGAUUUACUUAUGGUGAAGCAGUGGCUUACUGCCAGGGCAAGAAUGCCUCCCUGGCCUCCACAGGAGACCUGUAUGCCACUUGGAAGCAGGGCUUUGAUAAGUGCCGUGCUGGCUGGCUUCUUGACCGCAGUGUACGUUACUCCAUCAAUAACCCGCGGCAGCAGUGUGGUGGAGGGAAGGCUGGAAUUCACACAGUUUACAAGUUUCCCAACCAGACUGGCUCUCAUGACCUGCACUCCAAAUUUGAUGCAUACUGCAUCAAGGUGGAUCUGGAUCUGUCUCUGAAUGAAAGUGAAACAAACAUGACGGUGACAGAGGAAAAGAUAGUGAGCAUGACAUCCCUCCCUGCUCUUCUCAAACCUGAAGGAGCAACUCUUACUACUAUCCCUGCGGAACCCUCUGGAUCUGGCGCAUCUGGGGCCAGUGGCACUGAUGAUCAGUUGAGCAGUGGGAGCGGGGAUCAGCCAAGUGGGUCACCUGCUUCAAGUGGAGACUCUUCUGGGGCUAGUGGCACCGAUGAUCUGUUGAGCAGUGGGAGCGGGGAUCAGCCAAGUGGGUCACCUGCUUCAAGUGGAGACUCUUCUGGGGCCAGUGGCAUUGACAGUCUGUCGGGCAGUGGAAGCGGGGAUCAGCCGAGUGGGUCAUUUGUUUCAAGUGGAGACUCUUCUGGGGCCAGUGGCAAUGGCAAACUGUUGGACAGUGGGAGCGGGGAUCAGCCAAGUGGGUCAUUUGUGUCAAGUGGAGACUCCUCUGGGGCCAGUGGGAGUGGGGAUCUGCCAAGCGGGUCUUUAGGUUCUUCGGGAUCUGGCAGUGGCUUAGAUAUUCUAGUGACCUUUUCAGGAAGUGACUCAGUUUUAUCAGGUGUUGGAUCAACUUCAGGAAGACCCGAGGAGGCUGGGGAGGCAGGCACACAGUUCCUGACCUUUCCCUUUGGCCAGGGCUCAGGCCUCUUCGGAUUGGACACCUCUGGAUCAGGAUCAGGAAGUGGGUCAGGGUAUAGCUCUGAAGAGAGUGGAUCUACCUCAGACUUUUCCAGCAGCUCAGAAGAAAGUGACGAGAGUGGAGACCUUUCUGGCAUCUUCUCAGGAUCAGGUUCUAGCAAGGAGUCCUCAGGAUUCAGCGGUUUCCCAUCAGGAAUUUUUCCCUCUGGAGGAUCCAGUGGCAUUUCAUUCAUUGAUGGCAGUGGUGACAUCAUGGUGGAUAGCCCUUGGGUGAAGGUGUUCACUGCUCCACAUUUAACAGAACAAGAGCUGGGUGGAAGCCAUGUGGAUUUCAGCGGAUCAGGACAUAUCUCAGGGUCUGGGAUGAGCAUUGAUGCCUCUGGGAUGAGCGGUGAUAUCUCUGGGAUUAGUGGUGAUAUAUCUGAAGGCAACUGUUACUUGCAUUUCUCGGAGAGAGAGACCUGGCUGGAUGCUGAGCAGCACUGUCGAGACUUAAACGCUCACCUGGUGAGCAUUAUCACUCCAGAGGAGCAAGCCUUCAUCAACUCAUACGCACAAGACUAUCAGUGGACUGGACUGAACGAUAAAACAGUGAAAAAUGACUUCCGCUGGUCAGAUGGGACUCCGCUGCAAUAUGAGAACUGGAGGCCUAACCAGCCUGACAAUUAUUUUAACUCUGGUGAAGACUGUGUUGUAAUGAUCUGGCAUGAAAAUGGCCAAUGGAAUGACGUGCCCUGCAACUAUCACUUACCUUUCACAUGUAAAACAGGUCCAGUGACAUGUGACCAACCUCCUAAAGUGGAGAAUGCCAGGAUGUUUGGCAACAAGAAAGAUCAUUAUCAGGUGAAUUCUAUAAUCAGAUACCAGUGCAGUGAAAACUUCACACAGCGCCACCUACCUGUGAUCCGCUGCAUGGUUGAUGGACAGUGGGAGAAGCCUCGAGUGCAAUGCAUAGCCAAGGUCAAAUCCGGACUGCAAAAGGAAUCUUCUGUUUAUCACUCUCAUAAAUCUAAUACAACAACAUUGGAGAAACAUCUCUAAGGAGAUUUGAAGAGCUAGAGAUUCAUUUUUAAAUCAGUAUGAGUUUUAUAUUUAUUUUCCAAGACACUGAAUUAUGAAGCAUUUGUGAUUAAAAAGUGUUAUUUUCAAGA